AUGCACCAUGGAGGCAACCCCUCGGGCCAGGGAACGGAUAGAUGGGGAUGGACUUUAGAGUCUAGUGGAAAGUUUACAAGUAAAUCGGCUUACCUAGCUCAAGCUCUGGAGAGAGCCAGCCACUGUGAGGUGGCUCCAUCGCUCUGGAACAAACUAUGGAAUAGCAAGAUUCUGGAGCGGCACAAGAUUCUUUGGUGGUGCAUCCUCUCCACGGCGCUUCCUGUCAGAGAUGUUAUUGGGAGGAGACUCCAUAUAGAAGACACUAAAUGCCCCUUUUGUGAACAAGAGGAGGAAUCCAUUGAACACCUCUUCCUCACUUGUGAUGUGGCGUUACACUUUUGGCGAUCCUCCCCGUGGGGCAUAUAUCCAGUCUGUGGCAAUGGAAUUCGUGUUUGGGGCUGGGUGAAGUUUCUCUGGAGCCUUAAAAAUAGGGGUAUUCGCGAGGAGGAGGUUUUUCUCUAUGCAUCGAUAGUAAUUGAUACUAUCUGGAGGGCGCGAAAUGAAAAAGUUCACAAUAACCUUUCCCCGGAUGUUCCAAAAUGUAUUGACCUUAUUUACACUUCUUUUGCAGAUUUACAUGCUUCUCUAGUGCCGUCACCAACUCCGACCUUGCCAGAAAAUUGGAAUCCACCCCCCGAGGAUUGGAUCAAACUGAAUUGUGACGUUCGAGUGGGACUGGCGAGCAUGUGCACAGCUGUAGUUGCUAGAAACCACCUGGGUGAGGUGAUUCGGAUCCAUACAACUCAGUUGGACUUUUCGGAUGCUUUAUGUGGAGAAGCUGCGGCCUGUUGUUCAGCCAUUUCUCUGGCAAUUGAUUUAGGUUUAAAGUAUAUUAUUAUUGAGAGUGACUCGAGACUAGUUAUCAAUGUCCUCAAUGGGAAGGAGUCUCAUUGGGCCCUUGAGAACUAUGUCUCUUUUUGUUUGAGAUCCACUUCCUCAUUUACUAGUUGUAAUUUUUCCUUUGUUAGUAGACAUUGUAACUUUGCAGCCCAUAAUGUGGCUAAGUGGGCGUUUACCCACCAGAUGUAUGGAUGUAUUCCGGUCUCCACUUUACCGGAGAACCUACUUUGUAAUGACCGUGAGGUCUAG